AUGGGCGAGAAAGAAGACAAGGAGAAAGCCGAGAAGUUGGCGGCGGCGAAAAAGAGGGUCGCCCAGUUGCAAAAGAAGAAGAAGGCCGCGGCCGCCGGCACCGGAGAGAAAUCGACAACAGCUGCGAAAACCGGUUCAAAAAAGGGGGACGAGCGGGUUGGGGACGGGACAGAAGGAGAAGCCGAUGCCGAUGCGCAAGAGAAGGCUACAACUAAAGUCGACGACGUCUCCGACACCGAAGCUGCGCAGGCCGCGACAGAAGAACAACACGUCGAUAAAUCCGCCGCCAAUCUGGCAGAUGCAGACGCAGAUGCAGACGAAGAGGCCUUCAAUGCUGCAAUUCAAGCAGCAAGUGCCAACUCUCCCCCGCCCGAAACGGUUCUUUCUCCAGCAACGGUCUCUCCCCCUUCUGCCGAUCAAGACCAGCCUUCGUCCGCAAAGGGCACCAGUCCUCGCCAUGGCGCCCGCCAACCGAGCAUCAGCCUCCAAAGCAAAAUCCGCAGCACCAGUUUCCGGGAUAGUGGGCCGUUAAGCCCAGCUAUGAUAAGUGGGAAUUCCCUCUUGAAGGUGGAAGAGCUGGAGAGGGAGAACAAACGGUUGGCAAAGGAAGCAGAAGCCCACGAGAGGAGAUGGCGCAAGCUGGAAGAAGAGCUGGAGGAGGUGAGGGAGGAAAAUGCCGAGAAGCAAGCAAAUGGAGAGGCCGAGGAGGAGAUUCGGCGGCUGAGAGCCGAGAUCGAGGCUCUUCGCAGACGCACAAGCUUAACCACUGCGACAGUUAGCAGGAGGGAGAGUGCUGCGGGGGAGGAUGUGGCCAUGUUACAGGCCGAACUGGAGAGGAAAGAUUCCACCAUUGCGGACAUGCAGCUCGAGAUCUCGAGACUCAGGGGCCAGCUAUCGAGCCAGACCCAAGGUUGCGAGGCGCACGGAGAGCAAAUCGCAGGGCUGCAAUCGUCGUUGUCGUCGACAGAAGCAAAGGUGAAGGCGUUGGAGAGUGACUUGUCAGAUGCGAAGAAGGCGCUGUCCAAGGCGAGUGAGAAAGCUGUCGUUGACUCGACGGAGCGCACAAGCAAGGAAAUGAAGAUCCGGACUCUGGAGAGAGAAUUGCAAGAAACUGCUGCGCACAGGGACGAGGUCGUGAAGAAAGCCGAACAGCUGGAGAAGAAGAUUGAGGUGAUGAACAAACUCCACCGUGAGGCUGAGGCAAGGCAUGCGACCAAGUUGGCCACGGCUGAGGCCACCGCCCGAGAAGUCCCAGCUCUCCGGAUGAAGAUCGAAAAAGCCGAAAGUGAAAAUAACCAAUUGAGGGAGAAGCAUAAGCGCGUGAUGAGUGGUGAUGGGGGAGGAGAAGGGCUGGACGAAUUGGAGGACGAAGAGAGACAGAAACUCGAACGAAGAAUUCGCGAACUGGAAGGGCAAGUCUUUGAUCUCCAGCGCGGCGUGUGGAGGGACAAGAGGGUACAGAUGCAGCCUCGUGGAGACGAUGUCGGAUCGCGAACUUCUUUGGAUCCAGGCGCCGAGGACUUCGACGAGGUGGAUCUUUCAGGCCCCGGCAACGCCAGCAGUCGACGAAGGAGCUUUGCGAACCAGCAGCAGCCUCGUCACUCUAACUUUGCGCAGGUGCUGAAUUCGGGCCUUGCAGCAUUCCGCGCGAGCACCACCUCUCCCGGUAGCCAGCAGAAUCGGCCACGCAACGAUUCUCUGCUGCAGGAAUUCGACGACGACGACGAAGCCUUCGAUGAGCACGCAUUUGCGCGGGCACAAAAGGAGGAAGAGGCCAGGAAGAUGGUGGAGCAUGUGAGAGAAGUCAAAAGGGGGUUGAAGCAGUGGGCGGGUUGGCGGCUAGAUCUGGUCGAGGCGAGACGGGCUGGCGUAGGGGUCGGGUAUGGCGAGAUAUUUGACCUAUAA